GGCGCGCGCUGCGGAUCCCUGAGCGCGGCUAGCGCGGGGGAAGAGCUCUGCCCCAGCCCCGGCGAGGCCCGGGCCCGGCCCGCCGGCCCUCUCGGGUCCGCAGGAGGGGCUGGAGCCGGGGUUGCCAUGGAUACCGUGUCCCUGGAGCAUCAGAUCCAGAGCGUGCAGCGCCACAUCAGCUUCCUGAAAAAGGAGCAGAUGGCCCUGCUUCGAGACCUACACCUGGAGAUCCUGAGGCUGCAGAAACGCUGCUCAGAACUGACCCAUGACCUGGAAAUGAGAGAGGUCCAGGCUCACCAGCAAGAGGAGGCGUCUCAGGAGCUGGAGAGCAAGUGCCGCGCGCUCGAGUCGCAGCUGGAGGCGCGGGCGGCGGCCAACGCGGAGCUGCGGCGGGAGGUGGCGCAGCGGGAGGCGCUGGUGUCCGCGCUGCGCUGCAGCCUGCGUUCGGAGGAGCGCCGCUUUCUGGAGGAGCUGAGGCGCCGCAGCCACCGCGCCACGGUGCUGGGCACCGAGCUGCAGAAGCACACCGAGGCGGCCGCCUACCUCUCCUGCCAGCUGCAUGCCGCGCGCCAGAGACUGCAGGCCCCGCGCUCCGGAGCCGCCGCCGCCGAACCUCGGCCCCGCCGGCGCGCGCAGCGGGCCCGCCGCCCUCCCGAGGCGGCCGCCAAGGGGCCGGGCCGGGACUGGGCGACCUGGGAAGACGCCGAUCCCAUGCCGGACCCCGCGCUCUUCCUCUACCCGCGGAGGCCACCGCGGCCCAGCCCCCGAGGCCCGCGUCCUGUGCCACGCCAGGAGCUGCCGGACCAAGGCGCCCCAUACCCUCUACCACACCAGGAGCCCGGGGACCAAUGUGGCCAGCACCCGGGGCCCAGCGAGAGCCCAGGCUCCACGCCCGGCGCCCCAGGGGAUCCUGAGUAGGCGCUGGGCAGGCGGUGGCAUAGGGAAAGCAGGCCUGACUGGGCAGGAUCAGGGAUGGGGCGGAGCCCAGCCGGCAGAUCCGCCCCAGCUCCGCCACCCUCUAGAGCCGCCCCCGCUUGUGUUUCCCGAGAGGAGAAAGACCUCCUUCGCAGAGGGAGAGCCAAAGGAUCGCACCUUUAUCGUGGUCUGGGUCCCACCCAGCCCCUGAGAGGGGGAGGGGCGGGGUCUUGUCUGUCCCUGGAAAGCUGACAAUCCCUGGUAGGGCAGGAGAA